AUGCCCCCCAUCAAGUUCUGUUUCGUCAACACAUCGUCCAUUCUCGUGGAAUGCCUUCAGAAAGCCAUUGCAGAGGUGUCUCCACAUUUGCCCUCGUCAGUGACGAUCACUGUCGCUCAGCAGCUGCUUCAGCAGUUCUUCCAAGCUAAGGAGCCAGAUCCUACAACCAUAGUCACUCCAGCGAACUCCUUCUCGUUUAUGGGAGGUGGUUUCGAUAAAGCCGUAAUCAAUUGCCUCGCUCUGGAUUCCAGCACAGAAAAAAUCUUGGAAGAAUCUAUUCAGAACCAUGUUCUUGGGAUCAACCAAGGUUUCCUUCCCCCUGCGCUGGCCCACACAAUAGAUAUGAGAGGAUGCUCUUACUUCAGAGGCUCCUUAGCUGAUGCAAAAGGAGUGACGUCCAUCAUUGAAGUUCCUACCAUGGAAGUGCCUAGUCCGAUCAUUCACGAUCGGGUGUUCUAUUGUACAUGGGCGUUGCUCGAGAAGCUAGCGUCUGAGAAUGUCGAAACAGUGAUUUUGCCUGCUUUCGGAGCAGGGUUUGGUGGAGUCCCGCCUGGAACAUGCGCAAGGCUCAUGGUUGGGGCCAUAGUCUUAUGGUACAUGCCAGCGCCUUCCCCAUUGGCACGUUCUUCUGCGGUGCUUUUGUACCUUCGAAGGAAGUAUCUGAAAUUUGGCAAACCCUCAGAUAUCAAGAAGAUUGAAGCCUACUACACGGACUCAGGAAAGAAGCUGUUUACUGAAACUGGCAAGGAGUCCCAGCACUGGCCACUUCCUUGGAAACGAUUCAUCGAGGGCCUAACUUUCAUGGGGCACUGA